CGUCCCGCCUCCGGGGAGGCCGUCUCAGCCAAUGAGAGGAGAGUGGCGAGGAGUGGCAAGUUAGGCUGUGAUGGCAGAGUGUUGCAUCCUGCACGGCGCCUGUACCGCUGCUCAGCCGUCGUUGGGGACGUUCCCCUGGCAUUAGGAGGAGACGUUUGUGUCCUUGGGAGCUGGGCUAGCCCUCCAGUGUUUUUGCCAUGGCUGGCGCCAUUGCCUCCCGCAUGAGCUUCAGCUCCCUCAAGAGGAAGCAGCCCCAAACCUUCACGGUGCGGAUCAUCACCAUGGAUGCAGAGAUGGAGUUCAACUGUGAGGUCAAGUGGAAAGGAAAGGACCUGUUUGACCUGGUAUGUCGGACGCUGGGCCUCCGUGAAACGUGGUUCUUUGGACUGCAGUACAUGAUCAAGGACACUAUGGCUUGGCUCAAAAUGGAUAAGAAGGUCCUCGACCAUGAUGUCUCCAAGGAGGAGCCGGUCAUGUUUCAUUUCCUGGCCAAGUUUUACCCAGAGAAUGCAGAAGAGGAGCUUGUUCAGGAAAUCACUCAGCACUUGUUCUUUCUUCAGGUGAAGAAGCAGAUCUUGGAUGAGAAGAUCUACUGUCCCCCAGAGGCAUCUGUUCUCCUUGCCUCUUAUGCGGUCCAAGCCAAGUAUGGAGAUUAUGACCCCGCCGUGCACAAGCGGGGCUUCUUGGCCCAAGAGGAGUUGCUUCCGAAGCGGGUGAUAAACCUAUACCAGAUGACCCCAGAGAUGUGGGAAGAGAGAAUUACAGCUUGGUAUGGCCAACAUCGAGGCAGAGCCAGAGAUGAAGCUGAAAUGGAGUACCUGAAGAUCGCCCAGGACCUCGAGAUGUACGGCGUGAACUACUUUGCAAUCCGGAACAAGAAGGGAACCGAGCUAUUGCUGGGGGUCGAUGCUUUGGGCCUCCACAUCUAUGAUCCGGAAAACAGGCUGACCCCCAAAAUUUCCUUUCCAUGGAAUGAGAUUCGGAAUGUCUCGUACAGCGAUAAGGAGUUUACGAUAAAGCCUCUGGACAAAAAGAUAGACGUCUUCAAAUUCAACUCUUCAAAGCUGCGUGUGAAUAAGCUGAUCCUUCAGCUGUGCAUCGGGAACCAUGACCUGUUCAUGAGGAGGAGGAAAGCAGACUCCCUGGAAGUCCAACAGAUGAAAGCCCAGGCCCGGGAAGAGAAGGCCAGGAAACAGAUGGAACGCCAGCGUUUAGCUCGCGAGAAACAGAUGAGAGAAGAGGCAGAGCGGACCAGGGACGACUUGGAGAGGCGGCUGUUGCAGUUAAAGGAAGAGGCAACGAUGGCAAAUGAAGCCUUGAUGAGAUCUGAAGAAACAGCAGACUUGUUGGCUGAAAAAGCUCAGAUCACAGAAGAAGAAGCGAAGCUCCUGGCUCAGAAGGCAGCCGAAGCGGAGCAGGAGAUGCAGCGGAUCAAAGCUACGGCCAUCCGGACUGAGGAAGAGAAACGGCUGAUGGAGCAAAAGGUGCUGGAGGCAGAGAUGCUGGCGCUGAAGAUGGCGGAGGAGUCCGAACGGAGGGCAAAGGAAGCUGAUCAGCUCAAGCAGGACCUGCAGGAAGCCCGUGACUCUGAGCGGAGAGCCAAACAGAAGCUUCUGGAAAUAACCAGCAAGUCAUCCUACACGCAGCCCAUGAACUCGAGCACGACGGCGCUGCCUCCCGAUUUGCCAAACUUCAGCCUCAUCAGCGAAAGCCUUUCCUUUGACUUCAAGGAUACCGACAUGAAGAGAUUGUCCAUGGAGAUUGAGAAAGAAAAGGUGGAAUACAUGGAGAAAAGCAAGCACCUCCAGGAACAGCUGAAUGAGCUGAAGACCGAAAUUGAGGCUCUGAAGUUGAAGGAGAGGGAGACAGCGAUGGACAUCUUGCACAACGAGAACGACCGGGGGAAUGGCAAGCACAACACGAUUAAGAAGCCUCAAGCCCAGGGCAGAAGACCAAUCUGCAUUUGAGACCUUCCAACUCACCUUGCAGAGCACAAAAGCCCGCGUGGCGUUCUUCGAGGAGCUCUAGCAAGCGAGCCGGUCCCCGUUGCUCCUGAGCCAGCCCGGCUGCCCGGCACAGACCCUCUCCGUUCAAGACCUCGACCAUAGCCGACCUUGAAUCUCUUCUUCCCAGCUGUCCGAACUGUGACUCUCUUCGCACGCGCAUGUGGUGAAUCCCAGCGUCUGGCGUCUUGGAAGAGUUUGGCUUGAUGCUCUCUAGCUUCAUACUUUGUCGUUUUAAAUGCUCUUCGUAGAACACAGAACUGUGCUAUACGAUUUAGCUGCUUCUCUUUUUUUUUAUUUGUAUUGAUUGUGACCUGUAUUAUAUGCUCCCAAGACAGUGGGCAUCUGCAUGAUACCUUUUUUUUCCUCCUUGCCUCUUCGUAGGGGCACAGUGAACAGUACUUCCUUCCGUAGGCCAAGAGAGGCCUUUCCGAAGCUCCGACUGAUGGAUUUUAACGUCUGCGCUGUGCUUUCUGGUAACCGCUUUUCUCUUCUCAACAAAUGGAAGAGGAUCCUCACUGAACCUUGUCAGGAUGUUAAAGUUCUUCCCCUCCUUCUGAAUUGAGCUGGCAGAGGGUGACAGGUGGGCUUUGAAGGAGCCCCUGCCUUAGGAAGGUGGGAAGGUGCCCUACACUGAGUCAGACUGUUGGUCUAUCUAGCUCAGUAUUGUCUACACUGACUGGCAGCAGCUCUGCAGGAUUUCAGUCUGGAGCCUCUCCCAGCCCUAACUGGAGAUGCCAGCGGGGAUUGAACCUGGGACCUUCUGCGUGCAAAGCGGAUGCUCUUCCACUGAGCACACACUGCUAAGCGCAGAAGCUCUCAUCACUGAGCUACAAUCAGGACCAUAGAAAGCUGUCUCAUACUGAGUCAAACCACGGGUCCAUCUAACUCAGUACCGUCUACGCUGACUGGCAGCAGUUCUCCAGAAUGUCAGGAAGGGAGUCUCUCUCAGCCCUACCCGGAGAUUGGACCUGCCACCUUCUGCAAGCAAAACAGAUGCUCUACCAACCGGGCUACGGCCCGUCCCCUGUGCCAACUUGAUCUGUGUUGCAUACAGAGAAGGUCAAAUUCUGUACAAGGAAGGUUGGUGCUCAGUAUUUAAAAAGCCCUCUUUUUUUGUUUGUUUACACUUUGCUUUUAGGCGUAGCUUUUAAUUGUGGGAUUUUUACAACCAAAAAAAGGCUUCUUGUAAGAACUGGGGUAAUGUCAGGCAAGGGGGAGAAGUGUGCGGGAUUUGGGCCCCACAACUAAGAUGCAGUGGAAGGUACGGAAUCUUCAUGCAUGCGGCAGAAACCCCCCACCAUCUCACAUCUGGGAGACCUGUCCCCAAUGCACAGCAAUCCCCUAUGAAGUUUUGAAUAUUUAACUGACACGGCAGGCAUGUCUGUCAGAGGUUGGACCUCCUAUGUGGGCAGAAAGCCUUUAUGCUGGCACUUGAGAGCCCCCCAACACAAGGUGGGGUGCCUCAAGUGUCCCCAAAGCAGUUAAGAUCUAAGCCAGUUUGGUGGCUCUUUGAAGAGCAUACCUGGACAAAAAAAGGUUCGAGAUUUUUCGGGUUAUACUCUUUUAUUGUUUAACAAAAAUAGAUACUCUUUUAUUAGUGACAGGAUUUAUAAAAAUAAUAAGAAUCUGUUGAAAAGCCCAUAGUCAGCUAUUAUUUUUUUAAAAAAUCCAUACCCUCUUCAUCAACCCUACCCAGGCAGGCAGGCACAGGCAGGCAGUAAAACAUGUAACUAAAAAAUUCCUUUUUUUUUUUUCUUUUUUAAAAAUUAAACAGAGCACAACACUGCAGUGGCUUCAGGCUGCCUGAAAAAUAUGGAGCUGUGCAGGAGAAAACAGUAUUAAUUAUUAUGGGAUGCCUGUCAGGGAGCAAAACGUAUACACUACACACACAUGCAUUCACUCCCCCUUUUCCCUCUCGGCUUCAAUUAUUUUGUGGUCAUUUAAACAAAACUCUUGUUUGUGCAUUGUGACAUCUCCGGGAGGCAUGUCUCUCUCUGCAAAGUCUCAGAUAAUUUUCUCGCUUCCAGGCCUCUGUGCCACCACUGGUCCCUCUGAAUGUCUUUCUAUGCACUUAGCAACGGGUGUAAUGACUGAAGGAGUUUGGCAUUUUUACCAGUGGAGUUUCUAUCACUUUCAAAGUGGCACUGUUGCCGGAAAAUGCCAGCAGCUACGGUCUUCCACUUCCAAAACGCCCAGACCUCUGGGUUCUCCUAGUGUGAUCUUCCAUAGUUUUCUCCUCGAAACUGUGGAUCCAUAAAAAGUUGGAGAACAGGAUGAAUGGAGGGAGAGGGAAGCUGCAAUUAUACUGGGAUCACCGCUUGCAGCCCGGUUCUUAGUGAGACAAGCUGAGUCAGUCUGAAUCUCAACCCAGAUUAAAGGUACAUCAGGCAGAGUCCUAUCCAAAUACUUGCCAGGUCCCCAAAGCUUCUGUCCUGAACCUCUAAUGACUUAAAAUUAGACAUACAGAGCUGGAUUUUCAGGACAGUUGGCAAGAGAGGCUCUUGCUUUCUGAGCUGAGUGAGGGAAAUAAAACACUGUGUUUAAGAUUAAAUAAUUUGUGGAAGAUAUGGCUAUCGAUGGCUACUAACCGUAAUGGCUAUAUUCUACCUCUGCUGUCACAGGCAGCAUGUCUCUGAAUGCAAGUUGCUGGGAACUGCAAAUAGCGAGAGUUGCUCUUGCACUCAGGUCCUGCUUGCGGGCUUCCCACAGGCAUCUAGUUGGCCACUGUGAGAACAGGGUGCUGGACUAGGUGGGCCACUGGCCUGGUCCAGCUGAAGGACUCUUCUUACAUUCUUAUGAUAGCGCUUCUUCUCUCUCUCUCUCUCUCCCUCUCUGUCUCCCUCCUCCAUUAAUGGCAAACCACAUUUCGGCUGAGAUUGUCAAAGCCAUUCUUAAGUGCCCUUUUAACUUUUAGAAUAAAUGAAAACUUUUUAACGGAUGGCUAUAAGACGCUGGCAUUUCCAUCCCCCUGCCAAUUCACGCUGGCAUCCUACAUGUGCUGAGGCCUAAAUCUUUGCACACUUUUAAUCUGCACUUAUCGGCGGCCUCGGGAGAGCCACAACACGUGCAGUAAAACAGAUUUUAGUUGCCUGAGACGGCUGCCUUGGGUACUAGUACAGUGGCAUUUGGCCGUUAGUAACUAGGCCAUAUCCAAUGUGCUCUCUCCCUCCUGCUGCCGCCAAUCCAUUCCCCCCCUCUUUAAAUAAUCAAAACCAGGCCCCAGAUUUAAAGAUACAGCAUGUUCCUGCUCUGCAUUGCCAACACUUCAUUUUAAGCCGGGUCUUCUCUGCAUCAUACAUUUGCAAGCAGUUGAAGCUGAUGUCUCCAUGUCAGUGGGGCAGUGAAAUCCGCCCUGGGUUUUAGUCUGAACUCUGACAUCUCCUUGAAAGUUCAGACUAAAUUCCAGAGCAGAUUCUACUCCCUCACUGACACGAAGCCACCAGCUGCCAUUGUCUGCAAGCACUUUUCAGAAGUUGGCGGGGGGGGGGAAGAGAGAGUGAGGCCCUACAACCGUGCACUGGUUGUGUUGCCUUACCAUGCGUGAGUUGAAGUUGUAUUUUCUGCACCACCUACACCAGGGGCCGCCAACCUUUUGAAGCCCAUGGGUACAUUCGGUUUUUGAGCGAGUGCCAUGAGCAUCAUUCCGUUUGGUCAGUUCUCUCUUCCGCCUCCUCUGGAUCUGCCCCCUCUGAGAGAAACAGAAGUGCACAUGCACGUCCACGUUUGGCUUUUCCAAGGGAUCUCAGUAAAAAAAAGUCCAGUCCAGCAGAGUUAAUCUGAGUCCUGAGCGUCCUUUUUCCAACUUCCUCUUUCACCUCUAUAGGCAGUUUCAAGGGAGAAAAAGGUAAUCGCCCUCCCUCACCCCCUCAUGACAAAAGGGGCGGGGGCUCAGAGGCUUUGUGGGCAUCAGGAGAGACCUCAAGGGUACCCUUGUGCCCACGGGCACGAGGCUGCUGACCCCAGACCUACCCACUCUGGCUGUCAGAGUGUGCCUUCUAGGUGUGGGCCUGAUUGCCACUGAGGGAAGCUUUAUGUUUUCUGCCCACAUUUUGAAGGGGUGGCUGCCUGUGUCUUUAAACACAAGAAAUGGACAAGUGGCAAGGUGCUAUGACUGGCCCCGGCUAGCAUGUGGUCAUUGGCUGUUUCCCUUUCAACGUGAUGGGGCUGGUACACAAUAAGUAUAGUUGAAAGAAUGAGAUGCACAUCACGUGUGUGUGUGUGUGUGGUGCAGUAGAGUCGUAGCUCCCUGUGCCACACUUUGGGUUUUGCCUCUAGGCCAGGAAUGGGGAACUGGCAACCCUCCAGAGGUCAUUGGACUACAACUCCCACCAUCCCUGACCGUUGGCCAUGCUGGCUGGGGCUGGUGGGAGCUGGGAGUCCCUGAACAUCACCUAGAGGGCUGCAGAUUCCCCAUCCUUGCUCCAGGCUAUUGAUGCAGGGAGCAGACAGCAGGCUUGACUUUCUCUCCCAGGCCCUUCUGGUCCUCCCCAUGACCAUCGCCUGUCCUUGCCUCAUCACUAGUAGGGCAGUGGCAAGUUCAGAUGUGCAAAGUCUCUUUGGGUUAGUCACAGCUGCCCCUUCCCAUGUUUUGCUGCUGAGUUGAGAAUGAGAUCCUUCUUAAUGCCUUCUCCCACAACUGGCAUCCCUAGGAGCCAGUAAGCAUGAAAGGGAAGUGUGUUAGCUACCGAGAAGGAUCUUCUCACCUCCUUUCACUCUGAUUGGCUACAAUCCACAGGAAAAGACCAGGAAGCAUGUUAGAAGACUCUUCUCACUGGCUAACACACUCCUCUUUCAUGCUGAUUGCCUCACAGGAUGCUGGAGACACAGGGGCCCUGCUGGGAUCCUGCUCCCAAAAACAUAGGGCUCUAAGACCCCCUGAGACCCUGGGCGACUACACCCCUGCCCAUCACAUAACAAUUUGUGGCUCCUCUUGAAGGCCUCCAGUGUUGGAGAGCCCACCACCUCCCUAGGUAAUUGGUUCAAUAGUCAUACUGCUCUAACAGUUAAGACGUUUUCCCGAUGUUCAGCCGAAAUCUGGCUUCCUGCCACUUGAGCCCAUUAUUCCGUGUUCUGCACUCUGGGACGAUCGAGAUCCUGACCCUUCUCUGUAUGGCCUGGCCAUGGGCCCAGAUGGCUGCUUGGUGGAUGGGAGUUGGGAGCUCAACAUCUGGAGGGCCAAAGGUUCCCCACCUCUGAGUUGGGGCAGGGAGGUCCAGUCUUCGGACACUCUUCUCUUAAAGCACUGCUGGUAGAUCCCAGGCGUGAAUCUGGCCUAGAUGUUUGACCCAGAGUUUGGUGCAAUGGCCCCUUUCUCCCUCUCCUGACUUGUUUUAGCAGAUAGGGUGUGUGUGUGUCUCUCAAUACUUUUUUAUUUUUUACAAAUAAAACCUUUGUACUGAACCUUUUUGAAAAAGUAUGUCUGAAGUUCAGAUAUCUGAAGUAUCCUCUCUCCUCCUGCCCAACUGUGUCGUUUCCUUAAGCAGGGUCUUUGUAUGGAUAGACCCUAUUUUCUAUUGUCCAUGGAUUGUUAUAUACUCUGCAGAACUGAUUGUUUCUCAUUUUUAGUUUUAAUAAAAAAAUU